AUGGCAACUCCAACAGUUUUUAUUACGGUUCCAAAAUAUGUGGCUAUUACGCCCAUACCAGCGCCAUCGUCAGUGGCUUCGGGAGCUACUAUUGUAACUCCCAUAACAACACCAUCUUCAUCAUCAUCAACAACUACAAACACCAGCACAUUAUUAGCCAAAAUUAAACCAGCUCCAGCUCCACAACAAAUCCAUUCACCAGCAAUUUCUACGGUUUCGGAUAAUGAUUGUUGCAGUGAUUCGAGUAGCACGGCCACCCCAAAUCCACCCCGUGGCAAGAAACGCCGUUUGGAUCAUUUGACAUGGGAGGAGAAAAUUCAACGGAAAAAACUAAAAAAUCGCGUUGCCGCGCAAACCUCACGCGAUCGCAAAAAGGCCCGCAUGGAAGAAAUGGAAAGUGAAAUCAAAGAAUUAACGGCACGCACACAAAUCCUCGUCAACAAAUGUGAAAGUCUGCAGGCCAUCAAUGAUUCCCUCCUGGAGAAAAAUCAAAAACUUGAUAUGGAAGUUGAGACGCUUAGGCAACAAUUACAAGAUAUACAAAACAAACAACAACAACAGCAGCAGCAACAACACAGCAACCUGAUUAACACCUGUGCCGGCUGGCUCACAACCCAAGGACUUUCAGUCGACACAGGAGCUAAACAGCAACAGCAAUGUGUUGAAGCUCCAGCAACAGUUGAAAAAGAGCACAACCGUAUCAUCGCUGUGGCGGAUAAUAGCUCUUUGCCUACUCUACAAGAUAUGCUCCUACCCCCCGAAUUCAGCGAAAUCGUCGAAGGAACGCUCGAUGAUGCAGAAUUUGAUGCCGGCAAGCUGGAAGAACUUGCCGAAAGCCUGCUUGCCGAUAUCACAGCAGACCUGGAGGCAGGCGAUCGAGCGGGCAAUGCGUCUGUUGCCGAAAUUACAGGCGGAACAGAGCGAUUGCCUGGAUCAGUGGUGGGGACCACAGCAGAAUGCCUGGAAUCCGGCGAACAUACAGGCCAAAAUGGCAGUGGCCUAAGUCGGAAGACAAUUACAACAUCUACACCCCUAUAUGUGACAUCUCUGCAAACUGCUGGGGAAUUGGGUUUAGAAAAUAAAUUAGAAAAUGGAGCAGCUACUUCCUCCAUUACAACACAAACAUUAACAGCCAUACAAGAUGCUACAGCCACAAAUAACAAUAAUAACAACAACACGAACAUUACCCCCGACACUGUGUAUGGUACCUAUGAUGCCAAAACCAAUUCCAUAACCGUUGUCAUGGAUGAUGUGGCCGUACCGGUUAAUGAGGUGGUGGAGGAAAUCUAUUGGGAUGGUGCCGCUGCCGAGGAUGAUGAUGUUGAUAUGAUCUAUACCUCAGCCUCACCCUCUGGCAUUGCCUCACCCUCUCAAGUUUUUCUCAAUGUCACCAGUUGUAGUGAUGAUGAAGCGACAACGGCGACUCACGACGAUGAUGGUGAUGAUGAGGAUUUCAAUUUUGAUCCCAUUGCCAAAUUUUUGUGUCCCAAGCGGCCAUUGGUCUCACCGCUGGCCAAAUCGCCCGCUUCAUCCUAUCACUCGGCCACAUCAGAUCAUGGUUAUGAAUCGAUAUUGGGUUCACCGCCCUCCUCGUCACACUAUGAACCUCUGUCCGAGGAUUUGCCAACAGAGUUUAGUGACUGGCCACCGGGUUUUAAUGAAUUAUUUCCAACAUUGAUUUAAAG